AUCGGAUUGUUGUACAUUUCGUUAUCACGUUACUAUUCAUUGUAUAUUGUAAUCACUAGUUUCAUGGAGUUUGCAAUUGUCUCGUAUUAAACGUGUAUUUACUUUCUAGCGUUUGAAUUUCAUCCACUUUCAUCCUAUUACAGGUUUUAAAAAAUGGCUCCUCGUUAUGAACUAGCGGUUGGUUUAAAACGAGGUCACAAAACAACAAAAAUUGAGAGGGCUAGCAAAGUCGCUGGUAAGGAAUUGGCUUCGAAAAGUGAAAAACUUCGCCAAGCUCGUACUAAAGGUCGUAACACAAAACACAACAAAUUUAUCAGAGAUGUAGUAAGGGAAGUGAUGGGACAUGCUCCAUUUGAAAAGCGAGCCAUGGAAUUGUUGAAGGUUUCCAAGGAUAAGCGAGCAUUGAAAUUCUUGAAGAGACGAUUGGGAACACACAUUAGAGCUAAGAGGAAGCGUGAAGAACUCAGUAACAUCUUAUUACAAAUGAGAAAAGCCCAAGCUACUCACACAAAGUAGUUUUAAUGCCUAUGAGAUGACCUUGUUUGAUAUUUAAUAAAACUGUUGAGUAAUCAGCAUUUUCUUUAAUA